UUGUUUUCUUAUUUGCGUGCGGUCGAUCUGUAGUACGCCUUUUUGUUUAUUUCCUUGUAGUAUUUCUCAUUUUAAUGGCUAAAAGAGCUGCCGGUUUGGUGAUUUUUCGUAAAAUUGGCGAACAGAUUCAAUAUUUGUUGUUGCGCGCAUCUUACGGUGAUUUUCAUUGGAGUUCACCGAAAGGGCACGUCGAUCCGGGCGAAGAUGAUUUUACGACAGCUUUGCGAGAGACCAAAGAGGAAGCCGGGUAUUCCGAGGAAGACUUAAUUAUCUUUAGGGAUAAACCAAAGAUAUUGAAUUACAAUGUGAAGGGAAAAUCGAAAGUAGUUAUUUAUUGGUUAGCGCAAUUAAAAGACUCUAGCAAGGAACCAAUAUUAUCGGAAGAACAUAGUGAAAUGAAAUGGUUAACAAAAGACGCUGCAAAAGAAAUUGUUGGCUUUAAGGAUAAUCAGCAAAUGAUUGACGAAUUCCACGAAUACAUUCUUAGUUCUUCGUAAAUUAUUUUCAGCAAUUUUUUAUGUUCCAUUGUACAUGGUACAUUUAUAUGUUACUUAUCUAACUUAAUCCCAUUUCCUCAAUAUCUAGUUAAUAUUAUCCUUAUCCGUUGGUAGCUUAACAGGACGGAACCGUUUUCAACGAAUUGUGGUUAGCUUAUCUACAGAUAAAUUUAUUAUUGCGACAGACAAUGACAGAAAAGCCCUUAAAAUAUUGUAAUCAUUGCCUGUUCAAUAAAAGAUUUUGAUAAGUAAAUACUUGGAAAUAAUUAGACAAA